AUGCUUGAUACGCCGCGCCGCGCGCGCCUCCUCGCCGAUGCACGCCACACAGCUGGCAAACUACCUCGCACAGAGCCAUUUAAGAUACAUAAUAUAUCUGAAACAACUGGCUAUCGAAUCAUCAAAGAAGGAACUGCGCGCCGCAGUCAGAAAGUCCACAAUCGAGGUCGAAAGCAAGUACUUGCUCAAUAUGAGUGUGAAGCAAUUGAGGCAGUAGAAGAUGCCAAUUUUGGCUUUGCUUCUUCUAGUCAUUUCAAGGUGGCAAAGACUAUUGGUAUAGCUAAUGGCUCUGAACGUGCUAUUCAAAGAAAUAUAAAGUUGCAGGAAGUCCAGCGUACGGCUGUCAGAACCAACCAGUGCCCCUCCACCUUCUGCGACAUGGCAGUCUCAAUCAAUUCUGUGCAACUCUCGCUACCACAGGCGAUAAUCGCGGGGUUCUUUCUUGUGUUAGGAUUCCUGUACUUCGCUUUUCAGAUCAGCGAACUCACACGGGUGCUGUUAAGCACAUUUGUGACCCCGGGAAAACCUCUCACAUCAUUCGGUCCACGAGGAUCUUGGGCUUUGAUAACAGGCGCAAGCGAUCUAGGGAUCAAAUGGGAGAUGAACCCUCCUACUUCGCCUGAUCUAAACCCUAUUGAGACGAUCUGGAGAAUAAUAAAGCAGCGCUUGAAGUCCAGGGGGGUCAUCUUCGAAGAAGCUGUUCUGCGCAGGGCUAUCCAGGAGGAGUGGGAUAAAAUAACUCUGGAUGAGAUUAAUAGGGCCGAAAUGGGCGUCCUAUCCCCUAUUAAAGGGGUGUGUAGCAUAGCAGGAAUCUGA